CCUAGGUGCGUUCUUGAGACCGAUCUAGAAGCCCCAAACAUUUCAACUGCAACAAUUUGUCCUUUUCAUUUGUCUUGCAGUUCUUGCGGCUGGGCUCAAAGUUUUAGACCUGUAUAGAAAUUUAUAUUUUGUUUUCUUUCGAUUGCCUUUGCAAAUCGCAAUUCUUGGCUACUCAGAAAGUCUUACCACGCAAAAGAUUAAUCAUAUAGUAGUAUAUUGUGUGCUGAGUUUUAGGUGAUCUUGGUAGUAAUAGGAGGAGAGGCUGCAUGAAAUCCGGGCACAGCCGUGUGGAAUUGGUGAAGAACCUAGUCAGUAGUCACCAUCGAUUAUUGUCUGAUUGUCUGGAGAUAGGCUUGCUGGUCAUGGUAAGUAGGGAUGCAAGCGGGACGGGCAAGCGGGCUUGUUUAUCCCGCUUAUCCCACUUCUAAUUCAUUUUUUCUUUUAAAUUUUGUACUACCAUGCGAAAAAUAGACUAGCAAGCAGGUUUUUAUGUGGGUAGCGGGACUACCCACUUGCAUCCCUAAUGGUAAGGUGUAUGAUGUAUCCGUGUAUGCAACUUGCAAGGCAUGUCCAUAUUCUGGAUGGAUGGACCCUGAUAAAGGUACUAGUUUGUGCGAAAGAGUGCAGCUGGAUUCCAUGUGCCAAGAUGAACAUUUCUUUUCCAUGUGGAACGAACCUCUCAGCUACCACCAUGUGCAUUCCCACCCCCAAAUUCUUAGAAAUUAGCUUGCAUAUAAGUUGGAACGGUAUGAAGAAUGAACUUUCCAUCUAGCCACAGUCGUCAUGGCGCGGGCAAUGAUGUUGUUGCUCUUCUGUUCCUAUGCUCUGGCCUUGGUCUCUGCUGGGAGCAGCAGCAGCAGCAAUGCCACAGCCGAUGAGCUCGCCCUCCUGUCCUUCAAGUCCAUGCUAUCAAGCCCAUCCUUGGGUUUGAUGGCAUCAUGGAACUCAUCCAGCCACUUCUGCAGCUGGACAGGAGUUAGUUGCAGCCGUCAGCAACCUGAGAAGGUCAUUGCGCUGCAAAUGAACUCUUGCGGCCUGUCUGGGCGCAUAUCGCCGUUCUUGGGCAACCUAUCCUUUCUCAAGACACUGGACCUUGGCAACAACCAGCUUGUCGGGCAGAUACCUUCGGAGCUUGGUCACCUCAGCAAGCUUCGGAUGCUGAAUCUGAGCACAAAUUUGCUCCGAGGAAGCAUUCCUGUGGAGAUGAGAGGAUGCACCAAGCUCAUGACCCUUCACCUAGGCAAUAACCAGCUUCAAGGUGAGAUCCCAGCUGAGAUAGGUUCCAGCUUGAAAAAUCUCAUCAAUUUAUAUCUUACCAGAAAUCUUUUGUCGGGAGAGAUCCCUCAAUCUCUGGCCGAGUUACCAUCGCUGGAACUGUUAUCUUUGUCGCACAAUAAAUUAUCUGGAGAGGUACCAUCUGCUUUGAGCAAUCUCACAAACCUCUUGAAUAUUCGUUUCUCCAAUAACAUGCUUUCAGGAGUCAUCCCUUCAUCUUUAGGCAUGUUGCCCAAUUUAUAUGAGCUCAGCUUAGGUUUUAACAAUUUAUCUGGACCAAUCCCAACUUCUAUUUGGAACAUUUCAUCUUUGAGGGCGCUUUCUGUCCAAGGAAAUAUGCUAAGUGGAACCAUACCUGCUAAUGCAUUUGAAACUCUUCCACAUCUCGAGGAAUUAUACAUGGACCACAACCACCUCCAUGGUACUAAAACUUCAGACUUCUGGUGCGCUUAAGAGUUUUGCCGCUGAAUGCAAUGCACUGCGAAACCUACGGCACCGAAAUCUCGUGAAGAUAAUUACAGCCUGCUCAAGCAUUGAUAACAGCGGCAAUGACUUCAAAGCAAUUGUUUUCGACUUUAUGCCCAAUGGCAGUUUAGAAGGCUGGUUAC